AAUGAGAAGGAGACCAUGCAAUUCUUGAAUGACCGUCUGGCCUGCUACCUGGAGAAAGUGAGAUUCCUGGAGCAGGAGAAUGCUGACUUGGAAUAUAAGAUCCGAGAGUGGUAUGAAUGUCAAACCCCGUAUGUAUAUACUGAUUUCAACUGUUACUAUAAGAUGAUUGAGGAGCUCCAGCAACAGAUCUGCUGUGCUAAAGCUGAUAAUGCCAGGCUUUGUCUGGAUGUUGACAAUCUCAAAGUGGCUUCUGAUGACUAUGCUACCAAGUAUGAAUACGAACAUGGGCUUUGCCAGAGCGCUGAGGCAGACGUCAAAAGUCUGCGUAGAAUUCUGGAUGACCUGACCCUAUGCAAGGCUGACCUGGAGACAGAGCUUGAGUCCCUAACAGAGGAGCUCCUCUGCCUCAGGAAGAACCAUGAGGAAGAAGCUAGUCCACUUCGACGUCAGCUUGGUGACCGUAUCAAUGUAGAGUUGGAUGCAGCUCCAUCAUGUGACCUGAACAAGGUCCUGGAGGAGAUAAGAUACCAGUACGAGACCUUAGUUGACAAGAACCAAUGUGAAGUUGAGGACUGGUACCACACACAGAUGGAGGAACUGAAUAAGGAGGUGAUCUCCAGUGGAGAACAGCUGCAGGGCUACCAAAAUGAGAUCAUUCAGCUAAAACACACUGUUCAGGCUCUGGAGAUCGACCUGCAGACCCAGCACAACCUGAACACUGCUCUGGAAAACACUUUGGCAGAAACAGAAACGCACUACAGCCAGCAGUUAUCAGAGCUCCAGUGUCUAGUCAGCGAUGUGGAAGUACAGUUGGCUGAACUUCGAUCUGACAUAGAGCACCAAGAUGGCGAGUACAAGGUCCUUUUGGAUGCUAAGUGCCAGCUGGAUUGUGAGAUCAGCGUGUACCACAGCCUGCUGGAUGUAGAGGACUGCAGGCUACCCAACUACCCUGCUAACCCAGGCUGUGCACCCUCCAUCAGCUCAGCAGGUGGCAAACCAGUCUGUGCAUUUUCUGCCUUCUGUUCCACCUCAGCGUCUAAAGCAGAUUGA